CACGUGUCAAGUCUCGCGAGAUUCGGAGGCCUAGUUCUCGUCGCGGAUGCUUCUGCGGGUGUGUGUUGCCCGUGACCAGCCUCGGCCCCUGCAGACAGCUGGGCACUGCUGUGUUCGUGGUGCUGCAGCUGUGCUCCAGGGCCGAGGCGACCCCAGCCUCGGCGCGCCCUCUUUGGAGACUUCCCUCUCGGCGCCAUCCUUUUAUAUUAUAAAAUGGGGAAGAUCGGGUUGCAGUUUAAAGCCACUUUGGAAAAUGUUACACACCUCAGACCAGUGGGGGAGGAUUUUCGGUGGUACCUGAAGCUGAAGUGUGGCAACUGUGGUGAGGUUUCAGAAAAAUGGCAGUACCUCAGAUUAAUGGACAGCCACCCUCUCAAAGGGGGCAGGGGAAGUGCCACAAUGGUACAGAAAUGCAAGCUGUGCUCCCGAGAAAACUCCAUAGAUAUCUUAAGUCACACAAUGAAGCCUUACAAUGCUGAAGACAGUGAGACCUUUAAGACAAUAGUGGAGUUUGAGUGCCGUGGCCUUGAACCAGUGGACUUCCAGCCACAGGACUGGACUGACUAUGAUGAAAAAAUAAAAGACUCAGUUGGUAUCUAUGAAGUUACCCAUCGAUUUGUCAAAUGUUAAAACUUGUUUUUCUACAAGAUCACUUUCUAUAGUCUUAACAUUAAAAUUGUGUUGGCAGAACUGAGAAUAAAA